AUGUCGGCGUGGCGAUCCUUCCUCUCACGAUCCCACCCUCUCCUCUCCCGUCUCCGACCUGCACGGAGCCAUGCCAGCCACCUUCCUUCCGUUCGUGCCAACAGCCAGCUGAUCGGCUCACGACGAUACGCCUCCAAUGGCGAUUUACACGCAGAGGUUAACCGGCAGCAUCCAGCGGCGCAGGAGACGCGGAAGGGGCACCUAUACGUGGUGCUUGAUGACCACAGGGACAGCUACGGCAUCCACAAGCUGGACAUGGACGGCGAUGAUGAUCAGGACGGCGGCCGCCUUAGCUCUCCGCGACGCUUUCCGGUGCUUCCGGCCCUCAGCGUGGCACGCGCAACGUUGAGCGAAUGGGCCAAGUUCACCGCCGUGGGCAGCAGCAUCGUCGCCAUCGGUCGCAAACCAGAAGGAUUCAGUGAAGACGACGGUCGUGUCUUGAUCUACGACACCAAGACGGCGCAGAUGGUCGUCUCGCCUCAGCUCCCUCAAGGCCUCGAGUAUGGCUACCAGGCGGCCAUGGCCGUCGGUCAAAGGCUCUACUUCCUCGAGUCCGUCUCGGGGUUACACUCCCUUCAUCGUGAUGAAGUGCACCCCGGGGGCGAGUACAAAUAUAUGUACAACGGGGCCUUGCAUUGCCUCACCGUUGAUCCCCACGUCGACGCCGGAGGCUCCGGGAACAAGUCGUGGUCCUGGAGCGCCGACGACCGUCUUCUCGGCGUCCCGUUCCAUGCCAAUACCAUCACCGCACACGCGGUGCACGCGCCACCAGGGUUGUCGGUGGCAGCGGAUCAUGACAUCUACGUGUCCGCCCUGGUCGACACGGUCAUGCCCAAGGGCGUUACUUUCUCUUUCAGCACGGCGAGCGGCAAGUGGACACGGCGCGGCUACUGGCAGCUGCCCGUCGUCGGCCACGCCCACUAUGACGACCAGUUGGAUGCUUGGCUCGGUCUCCACGCCGGCGAGGGAAGCAUCAAUUCCCCUCGCUUGAUUGACGGAUACCUCUGCGCUGGUAACAUCGCAUCAGCCCCGCCGGAGUGGAAGGUUGGUACGGAGAAGUUGUUCCACCGGGAGGAGGACAUGGCAGCAGGCUGGAGGCACUUCGACGCAAAGCUCGUGCCCAUGGCGCUAGGCUUAGGGGGCAAUGAGUACUGUCUCAUGGAGCGCCUGAGGCCAGAGGGAGACGUCAAGGAGACCUUGGGGGACGGCGACAAGUGGAGGCUGCGGCUUACCACUUUCCGUGUCGAGCGCAGUCCGGAUGGCGAGCCCAUGGUCACGGCUCGCCGCCCGGCUCACUGCUACAAAAUUUCCAGAUACAACAAGUAUUUUGACGCUCAGGCAUUCUGGAUGUAA